CAAGGAUACGCGAUAUAAGUGACUAGUUGAUACGUUAAUAUAAACAAUUAUUGCUCGCCGUGUUACCGUCGUACCAAAGAGAAAUGAUUUCCUCUGUUGUUAUUUACGUUAUACUGGCUGUUACAAGUAUGACUAUUGUUAUGGACUGGAGUUACGUCCAAUGUUGUUAUCUUUACGUUGUACUGACUUGCUCCUGCCUGCUCGUCGGCCCAUUAAUUAUGAUACUGAUCAACAUAGCUCUGUCGCCCAAGCACCAGACUGGCUCUGGUACUGUUAGAACUAUCGCAGAGUUGGAUGCUUUCCACAACAUGCUAAUGAAAGGAUACGAGCCAAAAUCAGGCAACACGAGGAAACACAUGCGUUAUCCCAUGGUCUUCACUCGUCUGGUGGACGGUGCUCUGCAGAACUUGUUGGAUUUAGUUUUCCAGGACUUUGUUGGUUCUUGGUUGAAUGAUCUAGCUUUUGGCUCGGAGCAGCUGAUAGAUAAUAUGAAGCAGGAUGUCUGGGGCGCGAUACAGAGCCUCCACGAUCGUUUGUCGCGUGUCGAUCACACGAAAUUAGUUGUUUGUAAUAUAGUGAACAAGCUUACCUUCCACUUUGAGAAGAUCAGGAUAGCUCAAGCAGCUUCAUCGGAAGGGGAGGAUCCUGUAUUUAUUUUAUCAGCGCAUCUGAUGUCACCUGUCGCUGAGUUGGAGUAUUUAAGGAAAAUCAGUGAACUUUAUAUUCUAUUUCUGUUACCGCGCAGUUAUUCUCUAUCUCCUGUAAAAUUCCUCCUGAGGGAGGUUCUCACGUGCAAAAUUUUGAAGCCAGCAAUAGACUUGAUUACGGAUCCCGACUAUAUCAAUCAGAAGAUCCUGGCGUAUAUCGAUCAGCAGCAGCUCGCCGAGGCGAUGCACAGGAAAACGUACGAAUACGCGGAGUCCUUUGAGGAUUUUAUUCGCAUGAUCAAGGCCUCCAGAGACUUGGAGGUUCUCAAACAUAUCAGAUAUAAUAUCGUCACGGAGAUCAUGCAAGCCACCACGAUACAAAACGUCAAGCGCGCUCAAGGUUUGGAUCCCGAGAAUAACGCGUUCGGAAAAUCCGACGCUGUGCAAGCGAGAAAGUUGAAGAGGUACAUCAGCCAACUGACAUAUGCUAAAAACACGUGCGAAUGUCACAUGCAGACAUUGGGAUGGGAUGGAUAUCCUCGUCAGGACACCGAGAUCUGUGACGCCAUGGAAGUCUCGGAGAGCAGGAUUCUCCCGCUGCAAGCGAUUCUGGAUAACGUGACCGGUCGCCGAUAUCUGUCUCAGUUUUUGGAGCAGGUCGCCAGCCAAGGACUGAUCGGCUAUUGGGCCGCGGUACAAGAGUUACGCGCCGCCGACCGAUCUAACUGGCAUCAAUUAGGAGCCGAGAUCUUUUACACUUACAUCAGGUCACCCACCGCUGAGAUCAAAGUAGACAAGAACGUCCGCAAACGGAUGGAGGCUUUUCUCCUGGGUGAUAAGGGACCCGCCGUAUUUUAUGAGGUUCAAGACAGCGUGGUCAAGACGCUCCAAGAAAAAUACUACCCGUCGUUCCUCGUCAGCGAGCAGUACAAAAGCAUGCAGGAGGCGUUGCUCAAUGAGAGGGCGGAAGGUUUGGUCGAGGAUCGCGGAAUAGUCGAUGGGGCAUUAUCGGAAUCUUCGUCAUUGCUCGUCGGCGAGCGGUCGAAUUACGCUCGUAGCAAGCUGGAUCAACUGCAGGAGAAACUGAACAACAAGAUGCAAGCCUUACAAGCGCUCAAGUCUUCACUCAAGCCGGAAAGCAAGGUGCUGAGCAUAUUAGCGAAAGAAGUUGAGUGGCUGCAAGGCGAGAAGCGGCAACUAGAAGCGCAUCUGACACACACGGAAAUGUGGGCCGAGCAUUUGGGCCAUUGGAGGGCGGACGUGCAAAGCGCAGAGAUGCCCGAUAACGGGGAUCCUCCGCAAUUUGUAUUGGUUGUCCACAUGGCAGAGGAAGACAACGACGAGAGCAUAUCCAGCGGAUGGGUGGUGUUGAGGAAAUUGCAGGAUUUUCAAGACCUGCACAGAAAGUUGCGUCAGUUAUGCUCUAACGUGAAAAACUUAGACCUGCCUUCGCAACCUCUCAAGUUCUUCGGGAAAUCCGAUAAGAGCACUCUCGACAAAGCUAAGAUGCAGAUACAAAAAUAUUUGAACUUUGUCCUGGAGGACGAAAGGCUGAAUCAGAGCGAGGCGCUGUAUGCUUUCCUCAGCCCAAGCUCGGAGCACCUGAAAGCCGUGGCGCCGUCUCCUAAGAAAUCUCGUUUCUCUCUGUCUACGUUAUUCAAAACAUCCGUCGGCAGCAACGAGCCGCGCGACAAGGAGGACGAAGAGUAUUAUUCAUUGUUGCUGGACGACAGCGAAACCGGUCGUACCGCUACGGACAACUAUCUGAACGUUAGCAAGGACGCGAUCGCGGAACCUCUGUACACGCUUCUAGGAGAGGUUUUCGACUUGAGAGGAGUGUUCCGCUGGCUCAGACGAUCCCUGAUUACCUUCGUGCAGAUUACUUACGGACGGACUAUAAAUAGACAAAUCAGAGAUACCGUCGCGUGGGUGUUCUCCGAGCCGAUGCUUCACUAUUACAUACAGCUGUUCACCAAGUCGUGGUGGCCGAACGGUCAGCUCGUGUCCGAGGCCGUUCUUCGUACCGACGAGGAGAAGCUAAAGACACGGGGCGAAGCACGCCGGCAGUUUCUCAAUAAUGUACCUGAAGUACUGACGAACCUGGUGGGAACACAGAGCGCGCAGCGCGGCGCGACCAAGGUCUUCGAUUCUCUGCAAAACGUGAAUCUGAACAAACAGUUAUUUUACGACAUAUUCGAAGUGCUGAUGUACGAAGUAUUCCCGGAACUGCAGCGCAAAUAAUGUACCUUAACGAGAAUAAAUUAAUGUGACAUACAGUGA